AUGGUAGCGAGGUGUCCUAAAGGGUGGCAGCACCGAGGGGGCUCCGACCAGUGCUUCCUCAUCCACCACUACGGGGACAUCAGGAAAUUUAGUGACGCUAGAUCCUACUGCAAAGCUCACGGCGGCGACCUAGCUACUAUCGACACCACUACCACGAGGGACUGGCUGGCGCUGGCUGUGGCCGAGACGGGAGACGUGGGACAGAACGCCUAUAUGUGGGUGGGCGCUAAGGAGACGACGGAGGAUACCUGGAUGUGGGUGGAGACACAGUGCCCUGUAAACCACACUAUCUUGCCGUGGGAAGGGGCGGGCCAGGGGACUUGUGCCGCCUUCACCGCCAACUCUAAACUUAUCAAGCAAGACUGUGACCAGAGACUCAAGUUUAUCUGUCACCGCAAGAUCAACGUCCCUCCGCCCUGUGACUACGAGGAUGACUGGGAGCAGCUCAAUGGUUACUGCUACAAGAGGUCUACAGAGGUACACUCAUGGCACGACGCCCUGGUAGAGUGUAACAUGGAGGGAGCGUCUCUUAUCAGCAUCACAGGGACACUAGAGCAACAGUGGGCUACAGACUUCGCAACUGAAGCUCACGACAGCGUCUGGACUGGUCUCACCGAAGAGGGACAUCCAGGAAGCUUUGAGUGGAUUGACGGCAACAAAAGCAACUAUUCACACUGGGACGAACCCGACCAACCUGACAU